AGUAGGACAACUCCAAAGCCAGCCCUGCCUCUUUGCUCUUCAGAGUCUGCCUGACAAUCUGAGAUGGACAGGGGACCUGCCGGUGUUUCUACCAUGGUUGCAGCUGAUGCCUAGAUGCAUGAAGGAUGCGCCUGUCUUAGAGCCAGGGACGGCAUAUCCAGUGUCCUCUCCUCCCAGGGACCAAGGCCAUGGUGUGAGGCUAGGUGCCAUUUUCGGGUCACAGAGCCAACCUUCUUACAAUCGUCCCACAAAUUCAAGAGUGCUAGGCCAGGCCCACUUACUCCAAAAGGACUUCAGACCCCAGAGCUGAGAGCAAGGGGGGAUCUCCCAGCUUCCCGGGUGUCUUUCAUGGGUUCGAGAACCCCUAGCUAAGGGUGAAGCAAGAAAGCUGGGCGGGAGCACAGACAUCUGGCUCCUCAGGUCUUCCCUGGUCUAUCUGACAAUCCAGGAGAAAAGAAUGGCGCUCUGGUUUUACAGGAGAGGAAGAUGAGGAGUCAAGAGGACCCCACAAGAGGUGAGUGACGGAACCAGGUCCCAUCUGGCCUCUGGCUCCAGGGCCCUGUCUUCCUCAGCACCACUUUUCUGUGAAUAGGGAAAGAGAAUUCAGGGGAUUCAAGGAGGUGGAGGGUUGGGCCUCACGGAUUUUGGCAGGCUUGGGUCCCCACCCAGUUCAUUACCCCCUCUACAUCCCUUCGGCCAGCAGCACCAUCCAGUCACGAGAGCACAGUUUGUUUCUUGAAAUUUUCUUUGUUUUUUAUUAAUUGAACCCGGGGGCUCAUACAAGCCAGGCAAGGGCUCUACCACAGAGUUAUACCCCACAACCCAUCCAACCUGUUUUGUGGUGGGUAGACCUGAGUACCUGAAGGGGCCAGCUACAGUGGAGAGCUCCCUCCCACUCUCCAUGAAGAUAUUCCACUAGCUGCCUGGGCUUAGGGAGUCUCUCUAGGGCCUCCCCUAAACCUGGCCCCACACGUCUUCCUUGAGUCAGAUUUGGGGGCUGCGAGCGCUGAGCUGUCCUCAUCUUGGAAAGGGAAACUGGGCAAGUAUUCCCAUGCCCCAGCAGAGGACUGGCGAGGAGCCUCGUCCUCCUCCCACAAGAGCGUCCUCUGCUGCGAGCCCGUCUUUCCUUCUAGCAGUGCUGAGGUUCACCCAUCCUUAAAGACAGUUUCAGCUCUGGGGAGGUCAGGCAGUGGGCACAGUGGAGUGGCCCAUAGGCGCUGCCACGAUCCACUCACUGCAACCUCGAGGGAGGUCGCCUCAAGUCCCAGGCGCUGAGAACAAGAGUCCACCCCACCCGCGCCGGGGGUCAGGAGGCAGCACGGUCUACUCUCCUCUAUCCUCCGGCUGUCUGAGCUCCUGCCUUCAGAACGGACGCUCUGAGCUGUGAUUCGGUCCUCCCGUCCCUAGAGGGCGCCGCGUCCCCAGCGGCCUUACGGUCCCUUCCAGCCGCCAGAAGGUGGCGCCCUCGGAUGCCAGGCGACCUCGCAGUACCGUCGUCGAGGCUGUGGCUGGACGACUUUAGCGGCACCGCUUCCUGGGACCUGGUACCCAGCCUAGGACUUCCUACGCCUAGUGCUUCCGGCUUGCCUGCCCUGCCCUCAGAUUCUUGCUCCACCAUUUUUAAACCAGUGCCUGGAUGAGCUGAAGUCACCUUUCACAUCAAGGCCUAACCCCUUACCCACGUGCCCAGAGCGGCCCACUCUUACCAGAGAGUGAUGGAAGGGCCUCUUGAGGGUGCGGGUGUGUCCCCAGACUCCCAGGGCCCUGAUGCAGACAGGUUUGUUGUGUGUAGUUUCAGGAACACCCGGAAGGAGAAGUCUGCUCACCAGAUACAGGCCAUGGACCCCAGACCUUCAACACCAGCAGUAGGGGCGACCCAAGGCAGAGGGCUACAGCGAGGUUCCUUGUCCAAGAAGCCUGAAUCCCUUCCAGAGCAAAGGGCUGCAGAUGGGUCAGGGGACUGCCAGGGGAGCAUAUUAGGAGGCCCCCCAGUCCAGUCAGAGGAGCCACCCUUCUCUGGAGUGGAAAACCUCUUGUGUCCCAUGUCCUCUCACCUCAACCUGACACAGGGCGAGAAUGACAGCCAAGAGGGAGGCUUGAUAGGAGACUCAGAGCCAGGCACAGCACAGCCAGCAGGUGUUAGCCCUUUAUCAGAGAUGUCAUCAAAGCUCCUGGAGGCAGCUCCUAGUGGAUCCAGCUUCCAGCCUGCUGACUGCCUCCUAGCUCAAGACCUCACCUGGGAGCUCCUGGCCAGUGGCAUGGCUACCCUACCAGGGACCCGUGAUGCGGAAGGCCGAGCAGUGCUGCUUCUGUGUGCCCACAGCCCAGCUUGGCUCCAUCCCAAGUGCGAUAGCCGUGAACUCCUGAAUCUUUUGCUCUACCUGCGAGGCAUUCCCAGGUGUGAAGUACAGGCUCUGGGUCUGACCAUACUAGUUGAUGCUCAAACUUGUUCCCCGCGCUCUUCUCUCAUCUGGGGCCUCAGCCAGCUACAAGAAGCAGCCCCAGGAUCUGUGCAACAAGUGCUGCUGGUUGGGAAGAUGCCAGAGGAAAUGCCUCCAGGACUUCAGUUCAAGCAGCUGCCCUCUCAUCAGAGCCUACUGGCCCACAUUCCUAAUGUGGGGCUGCCUACUUCACUUGGAGGAUGCCUGCCUUACAGCCACCAAGCCUGGCUGGAUUUCCGGAUGCGUCUGGAAACCCUACAGCAGAAUUGUCAGGAGACUUGUGCCCUGGUCCAGGGAGUCAUUAACAAUAUGAAGGCUAUGCAGCAGCCAAUGGAGUCUGGGGAAGUUGGUCAGCUGCUACAGCAGGCACAGUCCCUCAUGCAGCAGGUGUUAGAUUCACCACAGUUGUCAUGGUUACAAAGCCAGGGAAGCCUGGAGCUGGCAUGGCUGAAGCAAGGGAUGCCAGACGUGACCCUGAGCCCUGAUUACAGGUUUGCAGUAGACAAGGCUGAUGAGCUGUAUGGUCAAGUGGAUGGACUGUUGCAUCAGCUAACUCUGCAGAGCAACCAGCGAGUACAGGCCCUAGAGCUCCUUCAAACGCUGGAAGCCCAGGAGGAUGGGCUGCGCCAGAUUGAAGUGUGGCUACAGGAGGUGGGCUGGCCGGGACUGGAGGAACCAGGGGAACCCUCUCUGGACACACUGCUCCAGGCUCAAGGUCCUUUUCAAGAGCUAGACCAGGUUGCCCAGGAACAGGUCAAGCAAGGGGAGAAGUUACUGCAGCCACUGGUUGGCUGGGAAACUGCUGAACUGGGGCCCCCUGGAAAGCGCUUUCUGACUCUGAGAUCCCAGCUGACAGAAUUUUCUAGAGCUUUGGCCCAGCGACGUCAACGGUUGGCAGAUGCCGAGAAGCUGUUUCAGUUCUUUAAGCAGGCCACAACUUGGACUGAGGAGGGGCAGCGGGUACUGACCGAGCUGGAGCAGGAGCGCCCAGGGGUCGUACUGCAGCGGCUGCAGCUGCAUUGGACCAGACAUCCUGACCUACCCCCUGCCCACUUCAGGAAAAUGUGGGCUCUUGCCACAGGCCUAGGUUCAGAAGACAUCCGUCAGGAAUGUCGCUGGGCCUGGGCACAGUGCCAGGACACCUGGCUGGCUCUGGAUCAGAAGCUUGAGGCUGCACUGAAACCACCAUCAACCAACAGCACAGCUACCUUGUGUGUCAGGCGGGCCCCUGCCACACCCACUGUUCCUCCACUGAGAAAGGCCUAUAGCUUUGAUCGGAAUCUGGGGCAGCGUCUUGGUAAUGCUGCCCAUCAUGGCCACUAUGCAACAAUUGCUACUGACUCUCACAGACCUGAGACUGGAGGUGUCUGGUCCAGGUCAUCCCCAUCUGUGCCCCUAUCAGGCAACUCUGAAUUCAGGAACCCCAACAGGCUGCAGCUAGUAUUGGCGGAGAUGGUGGCCACAGAGCGUGAGUAUGUCCGGGCCCUUGACUAUACCAUGCAGCACUACUUCCCUGAGCUAGAUCGACCUGAUGUGCCCCAGGGCCUCCGUGGCCAGCGUGCCCACCUGUUUGGCAACCUUGAAAAGCUUCGGGAUUUCCACUAUCAUUUCUUCCUGCGUGAGCUAGAGGCUUGCACCCGGCACCCACCUCGAGUGGCUUAUGCCUUCCUGCGCCAUGAGAAGCAGCAAGCACUGGGAGACCACCUGGAUUUGGCUUCCUACCUACUAAAGCCCAUCCAGCGCAUGAGCAAAUAUGCCUUACUACUGCAGGAACUGGCAAGGGCCUGUGGGGGCCCCGCACAAGAGCUAGGUGCCCUUCAGGCAGCCCAGAGCCUUGUGCACUUCCAGCUCAGACAUGGCAAUGACCUGCUAGCCAUGGAUGCCAUCCACGGCUGUGAUGUUAACCUCAAGGAGCAGGGGCAGUUGGUGCGACAGGAUGAGUUCACAGUGCGGGCUGGACGCCACAAGUCCUGUCGUCGUGUUUUUCUCUUUGAGGAACUGUUGCUCUUCAGCAAGCCUCGUCGUGGACCUGCAGGUGUUGACAUAUUUACCUACAAGCGUUCCUUCAAAAUGGCGGACCUUGGCCUCACUGAAUGCUGUGGGGAGAGCAAACUGCGCUUUGAGAUCUGGUUCCGUCGUCGAAAGGCCAGGGACUUGUUUGUGCUGCAGGCCUCCAGUGUGGCCACCAAACAAGCCUGGACAGCUGAUAUCUCCCGCCUGCUCUGGAGGCAGGCUGUCCACAACAAGGAGGUGCGUAUGGCUGAGAUGGCAUCUAUGGGCGUGGGGAACAAGGCCUUCUGGGACAUCGCCCCCAGCAAAGAAGCUAUCAGUGACCGCAACAUCAACUAUGUCCUAAAGAGACGAGAUGUUCGCUCUAGGGCCUCCAUUGCUGUGGCACCAUUUGACUAUGACAACCCCUAUCUGGGUGCCUUGGGCUCCCUUCCUGGAGACCGUGAUUCUUGUUCUGUUCUGGGGUCUCUCAAUCUGCACCUGUACAGAGAUCCAGCUCUUCUGGGUGUUCACUGGUCCCUGUAUCCACCCAACUUCCCAGAGGAAGCAGCACUGGAAGCUGAGGCGGAGAUGGGCAGCCAGCCCUCUUUAACUCCUGAGGACUCGGAGGUCUCAUCCCAGUGCCCAUCAGCCAGCUCUAGUGGUUCUGACAGCAGCUGUGUGUCAGGGCAGACCCUGGGCAGAGGCCUUGAGGACUUGUCAUGUGUUUGAGUCCGGCUUGAAGAUGAACAGUAGAUACAACAGCCAGAACUCCAAGGAAUACCAUACCUCUGAAUCUACUAUGACAGUGCAUAGCUGGCUCCUGGGCCAUCCCCCUUCCCACCCCUCAUACCCAAUAUGAAUGGCCUUGUUGAUUAUCCUCUCUGAUGUCUGUAACCACCAACUGACUGACCUAGGGCCUUUUCCAAGGGUAUCUGGCUACAAAGCCUAGAUAAGCACCUUGAUCCCAAGCUCCUGGGAUCCUUCUCCUAUCCCCUCCAGCUAUCAGCAAAUUGUAAGUUAAGGAUGGGAUGGGGUAGAAGUUGAGUAUUCCCAAACUCUAGGCUAGUGGAGUAUUAUGGAGCUCUCAGAAGUCAUGAGGGACACAAGUGGGUUCCCAGCAGGUGCUCCUCAACCCUUGAACUUAAUGCUGAUUUCUAGCCCAAUGUAGCUACCUUAUUCUUGAAUUCCUUGGCUCCUCAUCUCCAACGUCUGGUUUUUUGCGCCAGGUUGGUCAUUUUGACUUGAUGCUUUUUGUGCCACUUUCAGUUAGACUCAUCUACUGGUUUCACUGGUCACUGACACUCAAGUCUUCUCAGAGAAGGAGUCUAGACAUCUGUCUUGUGAUUUACUCUUUUAUUUGUUUAUAAUAAAAAAGUAGAGUGAUUUGUA